GGAGACUGUUGGGGGAUAUUCUAAUAUUGGUGCUACAGCUGUGGAUUUCAAGAAUUUCAAGCGUGAUCUUAUGGCUUAUAUAGCUGGUGUUGAUGCCCAAAUUGUCAUUGACAAAUUAUUCAGGAAGCAAGAGGUGUCUUCUGCUUUCUUUUUUGACUAUGAUGUGAAUGAUAGUGACCAAUUAACAAGGUUGUUUUGGGCUGAUCCUAUUUGCCGCAAGAAUUAUGCAUUGUUUGGUGAUGUUGUUUCAUUUUAUGCUACCUAUGGAACGAAUAGGUACAAUAUGGUGUUUGGACCUUUUACGGGCGUUGAUAAUCACAGAAAGUGUGUCACUUUUGGAGCUGGAUUAUUAUUGAAGGAGGAUGUGGAGUCAUACGUUUGGCUUUUUACUUGUUUUAUAAAUGCUAUGGGACGUCAACCAACAUGCAUUAUUACUGAUCAAGAUCCAGCGAUGCGUAUUGCCAUUGAGAAGGUAUUUACAUCAUCCAAACACCGCUAUUGUAUGUGGCAUAUUAUGUCCAAAGUCACUCAAAAGGUUGGCCCAGUUUUAAGCAAAAAUGAAACAUUUAUGUCUUCAUUGAAUUCAAUAGUUUGGAGUCAUUACCUUGAACCAUCUCAAUUUGAAGAAAAGUGGAUCUCUCUCAUGAACGAAUACGAAUUGACAAAACAUGAUUGGUUUGUCCAUAUGUUUGAGUUGCGCUAUUGGUGGAUACCUUCUUAUUUUAGAGAUCUAUUUAUGGCUGGAUUACUUCGUACAACAUCACGGUCUGAAAGUGAGAAUUCCUUUUUCCGUGAAUUUACUAACCCACAUUUCAGUUUAAUAGAAUUUUUAAUGCAAUUUGAGAGUGCAAUGGAUGCACAAAGGCAUGCACAAGAUAAAUUGAAUUCAGAGUCAGAGUCCUACCUUCCAGUUUUGAAGACUCCUUUAUCUAUGGAGAAGGCUGCGUCUGAUGUAUUCACACUCGCUGUCUUUUAUGAUAUUCAGUCGGAAUUGUGUUCAGCGUGCUUUUCAUGUCGUGUUUUGCAUGUGCAUGGUGUUGAUGGUGAUUUUGAGUAUGAAAUUUCCGAUGAUCGUAAUUUGGUGUUUAGAGUUGACUUGAGCAUGUCAAAUAUGAAGGCAGUGUGCAGUUGUAAGUAUUAUGAGCGGAUUGGCAUGGUUUGUAGACACAUAUUUUUUGUUCUAAAGGACUUGAAAUUGGAACGCAUUCCGAACCAUUUGGUUAAUAGCAGAUGGUGCAAGAAGGGUCUAGUGAAGCCACUCACUGAAAUUUCGGAUUCCG